CAUCUUUAAAGCACCCUGCUUGGUCUGCGACUAGCGAGCAGCUUCCCUCUGUGAGUAUUAAGUUCCCUUCAUCACUCGACCCCAUGGAAUCACUCAUUCCCGUGAUUAAUAAACUUCAGGAUGUAUUUAGUACUGUGGGCGCGGAAUCUAUACAACUGCCUCAAAUUGUUGUUUUGGGAUCUCAGAGUUCAGGAAAAAGCUCUGUUCUGGAAAACCUUGUCGGUCGUGAUUUCUUGCCUCGCGGACCCGGCAUCGUCACCCGUCGGCCUCUCGUUCUUCAACUCAUUCAUGUGGAUGAAUCGGACCACAACAUUCGGUCGGUUGAAGGUGAUGGGAAAUCAACUGAGUGGGCCACCUUCCUACAUCGGAAGGAUGUCAUCACGGAUUUCAACGAAGUUCGCAGAGAGAUAAAGGAGGAGACGGAUCGUGUCGCUGGGUCAGGGAAGGCAAUUAGCAGUGAACCCAUCAAUUUGAAGAUCUAUAGUCCUCGUGUUCUGAACCUGACGUUGGUCGAUCUUCCGGGAAUCACCAAAGUUCCUGUCGGUGACCAGCCAGAAGACAUCGAGUCUCUGAUUAAUCAGCUGUGUUUACAAUAUGUGCAAAAUCCCAAUUGCAUCAUACUGGCCGUCACACCAGCCAAUACCGAUAUGGCUACAAGUGAAGGCCUGAAGUUGGCUAAGGCAGUCGACCCAGAUGGACGACGCACACUUUGCAUUCUGACCAAGUUGGAUCUAAUGGAUCAUGGCACUGACGCACAUGAUUUACUCUUAGGCCGAGUGGUCCCUGUCAAGUUGGGCAUCGUCGGUGUGGUUAAUCGAUCUCAGGCAGAUAUCAAAUCGGGUAAAACAAUUGAAGAAGCCCUACAGGACGAGGCUAGCUUUCUCCAGCGACGGUACCCCUCCUUGGCCAGUCGAAAUGGAACUCCGUGUUUGGCCAGAACUUUGAAUCGGUUAUUAAUGCAUCACAUUCGUGAUUGUUUGCCGGAACUCAAGACUCGCGUUAACGUUAUGGCUGCCCAGUUCCAGAACUUGCUCAACACUUUCGGCGAUGAGGUUGAGGAUAAGGGUCAACUGCUUCUGCAAAUUAUCACCAAAUUUAAUACAGCCUAUUGUAACACAAUUGACGGAAUCGCGAAGGAUAUUGAAACAACGGAGUUGUGUGGUGGCGCACGCAUUUGCUACAUUUUUCACGAAACAUUCUACCGCACUCUCAGCCGCAUUGAUCCACUCGGCGGUUUGUCCACCUUGGACAUUCUCACUGCCAUCCGCAACGCAACCGGCCCUAGACCCGCCUUAUUCGUGCCGGAGGUUUCUUUUGAACUACUUGUCAAACGACAGAUCAGACGCUUAGAAGAACCGAGCCUCCGUUGUGUCGAGCUAGUACACGAAGAGAUGCAGCGUAUCAUUCAACACUGUGGAGCACAACAAGAGCUUUUGCGCUUUCCUAAACUGCACGAGCGUAUUGUGGACGUGAUCACUUCCGUGCUGCGUAAACGCUUGCUGCCAACCAAUCAAAUGGUCACUAAUCUGGUCUCCAUCGAAUUGGCUUACGUGAAUACGAGACAUCCUGACUUCACAGAAGUGCUCACCUAUCACCGUCAACAAGCCCCUGGUUUGGACAACCUAGCUAUAACAGAUCCAAACACUACCUCGGGCCCAUUGAUGAAUUCUGCACAUGGCAACAACCCCAUCAACCCUCGCCGACCCCCUGCAUCCUCUCAAGCGGAUUUAAAUGCCCUGGCCACUCUAAACGGACCCCUCACAAUGGAGUCGAGGUUAAACUCCCCCUCGCGUGACUUAUCCUCCGAUAACCAGCGCGGUCUCACUCUCACGCCUGAUAUUCAAACGGAAGUGCAACAACACAAACUCACACCGAACGAACGUCACGACUGCGACAUUAUCGGUCGCUUGAUUCGGUCAUACUUCCUUAUCGUGCGGAAGAAUAUUCAAGACACGGUUCCAAAGGCGAUUAUGCACUUUUUGGUCAACUACGUGAAGGACAACUUACAAUCCGAGUUAGUGAGCAAGUUGUACCGACAAGAUGAAUACGAUACUCUGUUGCUGGAAAGCGACCGCGUCGCCGCCAGACGACGAGAAGCAGCCGAAAUGCUAAAGGCUUUACAAAGGGCAAGUCAAAUCAUCGGCGAAAUCCGAGAAACACACUUGUGGUGACUGUGAUACACAUCUCGUCUUUCUCCAAACAUUCUAUCUACGAUGAUCCCACUGGAUGGGUGGCAUGUUAUCGUGACGGUUGCUUGCGCUCCGUGUCCUCGUUGCCCACUUGCUCCAUUCAGUACUUGAAUGAACCCGGUCCCUUAAGCCAAACCUACAGAACAAGAGCGUUGUACAUUCCUCUUCCUUAACCUAACACCCACCUAUGUCCGUUAUAAGUGAUUGCCCUUGGACUCCCUUAUGUCAACAGUUGUAGAUUUAAACACUGUGCCCUCGAUUGGUCAGCCAUCUGGUAAUGUACAAUGCUAGUCAACUCCAUUGCUUGACUGCUUCCCCUCAUCAAAUGAUAUUUUUGUGUGUUCUACUGUUCGCGAUCUACUUGCACUUAGUGAACUUCAAGAAAUUCCACUUAAUACAUCAAACUCGGUGUAAACUGUCAUUACGGUUGCUGAUCGAGAACUUUGGACAAAAAUGCAUUCUGUUCUCAACCUGAUCCUUGCUUGACGCGGUAUAAAUGUCUGAUUAACGAGGUCGCUAAGCUCACGGAUGAAUGGGUAUGAUUGCAGUUUUAAUUCCGCUAUAUGGCGAAUCGCCACUGUUCACUCGUACCCAUCGUUAG